AUGACCCAAACCGACCGCCCCUCGGACGGCCUCGGCGCCGACUUCACGCGCAAUGUCGUCGAAUCCAUGGGGCCCAAGACGUCGCCGCGCAUGCGAGAGGUCAUGGCCGCGCUGAUCAAGCACAUACACGACUUUGCGCGCGAGGUCCAGCUGACGGCGGAUGAGUGGAUGGCCGGCGUGCAGAUGAUCAACUGGGCCGGCCAGAUGAGCGACAACAAGCGCAACGAGGGACAGCUGCUCUGCGACGUCAUCGGGCUCGAGUCGCUCGUCGACGACAUUACCUUUAGCGCCGCCACGAAGAGCACCAACGGGCUCACGGCCUCGGCCAUCCUCGGACCCUUCUGGAGAUCGGACACGCCGGUGCGGGACAACGGAACGAGCAUAAGCUUCGACACGCCCGCCGACGGCCAGAUGGUGUACAUGCACGGCCAAGUGACCGACGUGGCCGAUGGCAAGCCGCUGGCCAAUGCCACCGUCGACGUCUGGCAAGCGUCCACCAACGGACUCUACGAGCAGCAAGACGAAAAGCAGCAGGACCACAACCUUCGCGGCGUCUUCAAGACGGACGCCGAGGGCCGAUACUCGUAUUAUUGCCUGCGGCCCACGCCAUACCCUAUCCCGCAAGACGGGCCCGCCGGCAAGCUGCUCGAGCUCAUGGACCGACACGUCUUUCGGCCUGCGCACAUCCAUCUCAUGGUGUGCGCAAGCGGCUUCAAGUCGCUGACGACCCAGAUCUUUGACGAGGACUGUCCGUAUCUCGCCAAGGAUUCCGUCUUUGCUGUCAAGGACGAUCUCAAGGUGCGCUUUGUGCCACGCUCGGUCGAGGACCCAAAGGCCGAGUUGGAGCUCGAGUACAAUAUCAGCUUGGCGAAGACGCCAGGCGCCCUCGAUUGA